AUGGCAUCCAUUUCACUUGGCGAGUACCAAGAGGAGGUUUGGUGUGAUGUGCUUCUAAUGGAUACUUGUCACGUAUGUUUAGGUGGCCCUUGGUUUCAAAGGUAUGAGAUCCCAUAUGAGCAAGAGUGGCAUAAGUAUGUCAUGGAUGAAAGGAGGAAACAUCUAUUUCCAUACGUACUUCAUCCCAAUGUGAGAUGGCCUAUCUUGAUUAUGGAAGCUAGUGGAGAAGAGUAUGUGAAAUGGGAGUUCAUGAUGGAAGAAAUCUUUGCUAGUUACCCUUAUUCCCAAGAAAGGAAGAUGAAAUUGGCUAUUGGGACUUUUGAGAAGAAGCUUGCACACUAUUGGGCGUACAAGAGGGGAAAUCCAAUCACUACUUGGGAUGUAAUGAAAGAGAGCUUGAGAGGCCAUUAUCCCGAACCACAUGAAAAGGGUUAUAGGAGCAAAACCACUUCCCAAGAGAAAAGGUCAAAAGGGAAAAAGCAAAGUCCCACUUGUGAGAUGCCACAAAUUCAACAUAUUCCCUCACCUAUAAAAACCCCAAGUGAGAUUUGGGCCGCAUUGAAAAGGAAGUGGUUGAAAGGAGGAACGGCGGACAAGACCAUUAAUUCACAUGGUCAAAUGAGCUUCCCUUUGGUGUCUCAUGGCAAGGAAAAUCCCUUACAUGAGAAUCAAGGUAAAAUAACUUAUCCUAAUACUCUUACUUUGUUGAUUGAUAUUAAUGCCAAUUUGAGUAUGAAAGUUAGUUUACCUUGCAUUGAGCCUAGUGAAUCCUUGCCAUGUCUUGAUAAUGUCAUUGUUAAAAGUGAUGACAUGACUAUUGAGAGUGAUGAACCUAGUGGGGUGUUUGGUAAUGUUGAACGUUUAGUUUCCUUUGGAGACUAUAAUGUGAUAUGUAACCCACUAUGGGAUGAAGACACUCUUUCCCAUGAUGGAGAUCUUCUUUUGAGAAAUUGUGAUCCAUUUGUGGGGAAGGAAAGUGUUACAAAGGAAGGUGAUUCUUGUCUAGAAAUUGUAAAUUCUUCCUUUCAUGCUCAACUUCAUAGUAGCCCCUUGGAUAAUCUUGUCCUUGAACCGUAUGGUGAGGUUACAUUGGGGAGUGAUAUUGAUGAGGAAGUUAUUUUACGUGAUACCUUUCUUUAUUACUUGUUUGCAUAUGAUGACAUUCUUGAGCAUAUAGGGAGUGCAUCUUAUGUGGGAGAAGGCUUUUAUGAUCUAGCCGAUUGUGUUCUUCACCAUACUAGAUGGAUGUUCGUCCCCUUUGAUCCGGGUGACACCUAG